AUGAAGACGUGGAAGUUUGGAUCUCCACACCGUCUUCCAGAGGAGAAGAAUCUCAACAUCCUGGCAAAUAGAGGCCCAGAUAGCCACGGAUGUGAUCUCAGCACACCCCCAAAACCCAGCAGCAGCACAGAGGAACAACAUCCUCACGAGAGCACUGCUGAUGCUGCUGUGGGAAACGACCAGGAGAGGAAGGUGAUGGAGAAAGUGAAGAAGAAAAAGAAGUGGUGGAGGGUGGCCUCUUUGUUUGGAGCUGUGAAGAAACAUCUGAAGCGCAGCUCGAACCCAGUUCAGGGUGAAGAAGAGCUGCAGCAAGAGCAAGAGCAGAGUGAGGGAGUGAAGAACCAGAAAGAACAGAAAGCCAGAUACAGUGAUGCAUCUUGUUUGGUCUCUAAUUGCCACUACCAGCUGGGUGAUCUGCUGGGUGAAGGUGGAUUUGGUUCUGUGUAUGAGGCUAGACGUUUGGAGGAUGACCUUAAAGUGGCGGUCAAAUAUGUUAAUAAGACCAAAAACUACAGGGAAAGUUUAUACAUUCCUGGAUUUCAGCAACUUGUUCCACUGGAGAUCGCCCUCACAAUCCUGGCAAAUAAAGGCCCCAGAGUGCCAGAGAUCAUCCAGCUGCUGGACUGGAAGGACUACGAUGACCAUUUCGUCAUGAUCCUUGAAUGUCCCUCUCCUUGCGAGACUUUGGAAGACUUUGUGGGGCGUCAGGGUGGAAGUCUCAACGAGAGCUUAGCACGGCGAGUCAUGAUGCAGGUGGCUCAGGCUGCGAACGUGUGCUGCCAGCGCCAAGUGUUCCACCGUGACAUCAAACUGAACAACCUUCUCAUCAACAACCAGACACUUGAAGUCAAACUAAUUGACUUUGGGUGUGGGGAUAUUCUGAGGACAACAGUCUACAUGUCAUACUCUGGCACAGCAACAUACUCCCCUCCUGAGUUUCACAUAAAGGGAAAGUACCACGGCAAGCCUGCGACGGUUUGGUCACUGGGGGUUCUGUUAUUUAAAAUAGUGGCUGGAUAUUAUCCAAGUUUCUUAGAUCUGCACAUACUCAAACUGAACCUCUGGUCCAAAACUGGUCUGUCAAACGAAUGCUGCAGAUUGCUCCGCGUUCUCCUGCAAAUAAAGCCAAAGAACCGAAUUCAACUGGAGGAAAUCCUUUCCCACAAGUGGUUUACGCGACCUUGUCGAGUUCAUCCGUUGACGGAGAGUCAGGUGUGUGAUCUCAACACCCCCCCAAACCCCAGCAGCAGCACAGAGGAACAACAUCCUCACGAGAGCACUGCUGAUGCUGCUGAGGGAAACGACCAGGAGAGGAAGGUGAUGGAGAAAGGGAAGAAGAAAAAGAAGUGGUGGAGGUUGUCUUCUUUGUUUGGAGCUGUGAAGAAACAUCUGAAGGGCAGCUCGAACCCAGUUCAGGGUGAAGUAGAGCUGCAGCAAGAGCAAGAGCAGAGUGAGGGAGUGAAGAACCAGAACCAGUGUAAAGACAGAUGCAGUGAUGACUACACUGUCAGACACAACCUCGUGAGUGAUCAGCUGUGUGAAGGUGGAUUUGAUGCUGAGGCGACACAUUUGAAGGAUGACCCUGAAGUGUCUGUGAAACAUCUUAACAAGACUGAUGAAGACGUGGAAGGUUUAUACACUAGGAGAAGGAUCUCAACAUCCUGGCAAAUAGAGGCCCAGAUAGCCACGGAUGUGAUCUCAGCACACCCCCAAAACCCAGCAGCAGCACAGAGGAACAACAUCCUCACGAGAGCACUGCUGAUGCUGCUGUGGGAAACGACCAGGAGAGGAAGGUGA